CGAUUCACGCAAUAAUCAUUGGGCGGCGGGUUUAUUGCAGCUGGACCAGUUUGUUGGCUGAUUGUCAGCUGAAUGUCUCUGGAUCAUUAUCAUAAAUAUAAUACUACCCUAAGUAUUGCCCCAUCUCAUCUGUCCUGCUGUUACUAGCCCUAGUAGCACCGACUCAAUAGAAAACGGUAGAACUUUGUCUUCUGGUUGUGAAGGGGGCAGUUGUGUUAUGUUAUGUAGAAUCUAACAAACCUCUCUACAUCAUGGCGACGUUCAACGGUUAUUUGUCUUUGGUUAUUUUCCUUUUAAAGAUGUUUUAUGCAGAUGAAUCGAUGUUCUCACAAGCCCAGCAAGUUUGUCCUAUCUCCAUGGAUACCGUGUUCUUACUGGAUGGCUCUUCAAGUAUUGGUCAAAGUGACUUCGACAAGAUGAAGGAAUUUAUCAUAAGUGUCCUUGAACAUUUCAGAAUAUCUGAAAAAGAAUCUCAUGUUGGAGUGGUUCACUAUAGUGAUAGUCCUUCAACCAAGGUCUUUCUUACUGAUGUCCAGAACACCUCAUCAAUUUACACUAAGAUCCGUGCUAUGCCGUUCAUUGGAGGAAACACACACACAGAUCUGGGACUGAACGAGUCACGGUACUUGUUUUUAGAUGGAAGUCGUCUAAAUGUUCCUCGUGUACUUAUUGUUAUAACUGACGGUGAAAGCAAUGGUGACAGCGUGGUUGUGGACUCUAACCUUCUGAGAGAUGAUGGUGUAUUCGUUCUAGCCCUUGGUGUAGGACCUCGAGUCAGCACGGUAGAGCUACGUCAAAUGGCAACCACCUUUGACCAUGUCUAUCAGUUUACAUCCGCUGAUCAAGUACAAAGUCAGAAAGCAAAAAUAGCUAGUGCCAUUUGUGCAGUGACGAGGAAACCACAGCUUUACUUCACCUUGGUAACAAACAACUCCGUGAUGGUUGGUCACGUGAUCACCAGUAGUCACGUGAUUGAUGACGUAGCCUGUGCAUUCAAGUGUUUAAAUAACGAACAGUGCUUUUCAUUUGACUUUAUGUCUGCAUCCAAUACAUGCCAACUCAACUAUUCAACGAAACAAGCCACUCCAGAUGACGUCAUUUCGGACGAUGAAUCCAUUCAUUAUGACAUGACGUUUUCUCUUCAAUAAUGUGCCCUUUUCCGGUUUUAGUUAAAAUGAAAUUAGUAAAGAAGCUAUGUAGAAAGACGCAUUAGACAACUGAUUUGGAACCGGAAGUCAUUUGUCAUACGAAUGACGUCAUAUUUGAAGUAUACUGGUUCUACAUACCAUGCAAUAUCCCAAUCGUUGCUUGUAUUUUCUAGUAUGUAUACAGACCACACUGCUGCCGUUGGACGGGUGAUUAUACAAUAGUAUACAAGUGUAGGGGCGGAUCCAGGUAUUUUAGAAGGAGGUUGACUAUCACGAAGGUUUUACCAGGAAUGUACGAUGUCCUGAGAAAUGUGAGCAAAAGAGGGGUGACUAUUCACCCUUCUUAUCACCCCUGGAUCCGCCCCUGCAAGUGGGAUGUAUCUUGGUAUACGUAAUAUUUGAUGGGAAGUGUAAUCAGCUGACAAAUAUACAACAUUUAUUGUGCA